AGAAGCUGAGACGAAGGGAGAGCGCAGUGCCCCUUCUCCUCCACUUCCUCUGAGGUGGCUGUAACUUGAGACCCUGCUCCACUGGCUCCUGCGUGCCCGUCUCCUUGGACACCAGGGGCUGCAGGAACUAACUUGUACCAAACACACAGCAGCUAGCUGCUAGCUAACCUCCUGCUCCAGGCCAUGAGGGGUCUACUGACCACAAGGGACCAGCACCGCUGGAAGGAAUUGAUUGAGAAAGAGGCUUUUAGCAGGGUCAGCUGGAAGGUAAAGUACGGGCACAAGUUCCCCAGGCUAGAGCCCUGCAGUGGCCCCAGGAGGAAAUGUAUUCUACCUGCUAUCUGCCCUCCCAAGGAGCAGGAGAAGAGGCUCGGUCCCCCUAGGACCCAGGAGGAGGAAACUGGCUUUAAGAAGCAGGGGGAGGGGGUAAGCCUCCCCAGGAAGCAGGAGGAUAAGGGUCAGGAGCCCCUUCUUAAGGAAAUGAGACCUGCCACCCCCAAGACCAAGCAUCUGCUGUACCAGGGCAUCUCCCAGGAAGGCCAAGGGAGGCACCUGUACCUGCAGGAGAGAAAGCUGAAGAGUCCUGAGGAGAAAUUCCACUAUCCAGUCCUGUCAUCCUGGGAGUAUGGCUGGCGCUUAGGAGACGUUAUUACUGAAAUCAAGGCUCCACUUCAUGCCAGGUCUGGAAUUGUAAAGGAUACUUUCUACAUCAGAAGUGGAGUCUUCCAUCAUCCAUCAAAAAGUGACAGGCUGUCGUGAGCUUUGGUGUUUGUUACAAACAUUAGAAAUGCAAAACUCCGUGCUGUUGCCAGUGUGACUGGUUUUAUGUCAGAUCUGCUAACUCUGUAAUUAUUUCCCUCUUUAAUUGUUUCUGUGGGAGACCAGUUUAAGAUUUCUAAUUCAGAACCUGCUCUAGUCUCUGUAUAUUUUUAACUUUCUAAUGUAUUCAUUUGAAACUAAUUUUGUUUUAUUUUCAGGCUGUCUUCUGGAUUUAAAUGUACCUGCAACAAAGACCCUGUAACUUUAUUACUCUAAGGUAGAAAACUUUGGAGUUUUCACUUUGUUUCCUUGUCUAGGUUAUCACAUUAAAAAAUUUAAAGAGCCCAUCUACAGCUGAACAAUCAUAGUUCCACAGCGGUGACUUGGGCAGAACUAAACAACACAAAACCGAGUGAAAUAAAAUCCAUUCAGUGAAAGUGAUGAUAAAUUUCUAGGUAGUAAUAUGUCUAAAAGAUCACUCCUUUAAAUAUUUUGUUUAAUUUUAUAUAGCAUCUAAUAUCCCCACAAAUAACCUUAGCAUUUGACUGAAAUUUGAUAGUAGCAGGAAGUCUCCUUUAAUUGUUUCCAGGCCUAUAAAUUACUAGAGAAACUAAUAUUGUGGAAUCCCUGAUGAUGAGCAUGUUGGAAAACAAAACAGCACUUUACCUUGAGACAGCUGUGUAUUUUUGUGGUAUAAGCACAGACAUGGGAGCCAGGAACACAAGUUCACCUCUUUGCUCUGAUACUGAUUGUGUCUCUGACUUUGGGUAAGUCAUGCAACCUCUCUGCCUCAGUCUUCCUUCCCUGUGAUAAGGGGAAAGCUCUUUACCUAAGUACGUUGAGGGUUGGGGUGAUGCAUGUUAGUCAAUGCUCUGAAAAGCACUUGAAAAAUGAAAAGUAGUUAACAAUCUUUUGUCUUCAGAAUCAUCCAGUCUCAUAGACCUUUGUUCUUUACCCAGUUUUUCUCUGUAGUUACUUUAGAUCAUUUCUUUUACCUCCUUCACCUGGUUUCCAAUUUCAGUCCUUAAGCUAACCUUCAGCAACUAGUUUACAGGUCUGUCUCCUCUUCCCCUCUCCCACUGGGAGAAAGCCAUAAGAGGUACCAGGGAACUUGAGGGCUGCAUAGUAGAAGAUGCGGAGGGGGCACCAUGAUGAUUAAUGCUGCUUCUGGUUGCAUAUUAACUCGACUGGAUUUGUGCUCAGAAAUCUUGAGAUCAGCCAGGGAAGUUACACAAGGCUUCUAAUCCCCCUGCUCCUCCCACACAUGGCUCCACUGCCUAAAUCCACCAAGCACCAGGGGUUCUCAGAGGCAAGAAUAAUUCUAUAAAGCUGCAAAAAGAAAAGGAGUACUUGUGGCACCUUAGAGACUAACA